AUGUUACCGUCGCUCAACGUUGCUGGUUCCCGGGAAUUUGCGUCUACUACCCAGCAACAAAGCUACUAUCUCGUCAACGUCUGGAAGAACACGGGCAGCGGAGCGACAAAGCUGAAAGCCGACGGAGACAAAUACUGCAACAUGAUGGGCCACAGUGAUCAUGCAAUGGACUACGUCUGGGUUCAUUCGAGCGGGUGGAUGAUGCUCUACGAGAGCCUGGGCGGCACGUUCCCUGUGAACCCUCCAUAUUGGGGCCCGCACUAUCAGAUUUGGGCCGCCACAGAUUAUGCCGGUGCCGAGAUCGACCGGCGGGACUUGCAUUUGGCAGAUUGGGAUGGCGAUGGGUUGUGCGAUAUCAUCUACGUGAACCCGGGCGACAACAGCCUGAGGAUAUGGCUGAAUCAGUACAAGGCAAACGGUAACUUUGAUCAGUGGGUUGAAGCGGAUACGUCGGGCUACGAUAUUGAUUGCCCGAGAAGCGAGGUGGCAGACUUGCUCUGCAUCCAGCCCAAUGGUCUUGCCUCUGGCUACCUGAACGGCGCGAACGACCUGGUGUACCUCUCGCAGAUCAAAAAGUCCGAGGAUAAAGAUAGAGCCAAUCUACGAUGGGCAGACGUUAAUGGCGACGGCCGCGCCGAUCUGCUAUGGGUGGACAAGUUCGACGGAGACGGAUACAUCUACUACAACCGGGGGGAGACGCCGGUCGAUGGCAGCGCCUUCACGUGGGAUGGCGAGGGCCAUGGCCGCGCGGAUAUGCAUGUUGUGGACUCGCUGGAGAAUACGGCGCAGACGUGGUUCAAUCUGUGCCCGAACGAGGGCUCUUCUUCCAAUGGUGAUGACCCAGAUACGCUCACCGUGAUUCCGGUGGUUUGGCUGGGACUCACGUAG